GAUUUCCAAGGUUAAAUUGUAGUCAAAUUACUUACACGUAGUACAUCACAGAUUUGGUUCAUUUCUUAAGCCAAACCCAUUUUGACGCAGUGACGCCGACGUUUGACGGAGUAUCGCCACAUUGCUCACUUUUCACCGGACGAUUCUUUGUCGUCGGCGAUUUUCUUAUUGACCUGUUCAUCUCAGAGAGAUGUUAUUUUUCCGAAGACUUUCAUGGAUUCCAAAGACGGGUUUAAGUUCGUUUCGAUGGUGUUAUUCUUCUUCAUCGGCUUCAGGUUCAGCCUUUUCCACUUAUCACCAUUUGUGCAGUUCUAGUGCAGCAAUAAGUCCUUCAACAUCAAAGGACCAAUCAGAUCCAUUUUCUCUUGUUGCCGAUGAAUUAUCACUUGUUUCUGAUAGAUUGAGGUCAAUGGUGGUGGCAGAGGUUCCUAAGUUGGCAUGUGCUGCUGAAUAUUUCUUUAAAUUAGGAGUUGAAGGAAAGCGCUUUCGCCCCACGGUUUUACUGUUGAUGGGAACAGCUUUGAACAUGCCUAUUUCUAUGUCGUCAACAUUAGUAGUUGAUAAUCUAGAAACAGAGCUUCGUAGAAGACAUCAAUGCAUUGCUGAGAUUACCGAGAUGAUACAUGUGGCAAGUCUGCUUCACGAUGAUGUAUUGGAUGAUGCUGAUACAAGACGUGGUGUUAGUUCAUUAAAUUCAGUGAUGGGGAAUAAGUUGGCAGUUCUAGCAGGUGACUUUUUGCUCUCUAGGGCUUGUGUAGCUUUAGCUUCACUGAAGAACACUGAGGUUGUAUCAUUGCUUGCUACAGUAGUAGAGCAUCUUGUCACUGGUGAGACAAUGCAGAUGACAACAACAUCUGAGCAGCGUCUAAACAUGGAGUACUAUAUGGAAAAAACUUAUUAUAAGACAGCAUCAUUGAUCUCAAAUAGUUGCAAGGCAAUUGCUCUUCUUGCGGGGCAAACUGCAGAAGUUGCAACCUUAGCUUUUGACUAUGGAAAAAAUUUGGGACUGGCAUAUCAACUGAUAGAUGAUGUUCUUGAUUUCACGGGCACAUCUGCUUCACUCGGAAAGGGUUCACUUUCUGAUAUCCGUCAUGGAAUCGUGACAGCUCCUCUCUUGUUUGCCAUAGAAGAGUUUCCUCAAUUAAGUGAAGUUGUGCAGCGAGGCUUCGACAACCCCGCAGACAUAGAUCUCGCUCUUGAUUACCUUGGGAGAAGUCAAGGAAUACAGAGAGCGAAAGAUUUAGCACUGAGGCAUGCUAACAUUGCCGCUGAAGCUAUCGAUUCUCUGCCCGGGAGUGAUGACGAGGAUGUUAGAAGGUCAAGGCGUGCACUCGUAGAACUUGCACAAAUAGUCAUAAAAAGAACCAAGUGAACAAAGAUUUUACUCAUACCAAGUUUACAAUUUUAUUCAAAUUUUGUAUUAUUUAACUGGUAAUUAUGUUCGUUUGAUAAAUUUUAUUCAAAUUGCACGAGCAUAAAUCUCAUUUAAUUUACCUUUUUUUUAAAAAAAAAACUCGUUUAGUUUUUUGUUAUAACUGAAUUGUAGCAUAUUUAAAUGUACAACAAUAGUUGCAGUUAAGGAAAUGUUAUUCAAAAAGACGUAAAGGAAAAACAAUUGUUAAAU